CUCCAAAACUCUCCCACACCCACACCCGCUCUCCCCUCCCCGCUCGCGCUCUGAGACCACACCCCUCGCUGCCCCAGUUGUCCGCCAAUCGUUCCCGCACCCGCCGCGCCACUAUUCGCCAUGGAGGCCAUCUUGCGCCAGUCGAGGUCCAUGUGCCCGUUCCUCGCGAAGACGUCGCCGGCCACCCUUCGCUCGCUGUCUACGACGGCUGCCGGCCACGAUGUCUCGCCCAGCGCCGGCAGCAUGUCGAACCUCCAGGUCCUCGCUCGCCGCUGCCCCAUCAUGGGCAAGGCUCUUGCUGUCCAGAGCGCUCGCAUUGGCAACAAUGCGCUUGCCGGCGCUUUCGGCGGCGUGAGGGCCUACCACACCCGCGUCAACCGUGCCAAACUGCACACCUCCGCGCCCAAGGAGGCCCAGGCUGUUGAGAUCGAGAACCUGCGAACCAAGCAAGUUCCUUUCCCGCCCGCGCCCAAGCAGCCGACCACUGCUCAAACCAACCACGUCGGAGUACCGCACGCGCCGAAGGCCGCUACGUUUGACUAUGAGGGGUUCUACCAUAAUGAGUUGGACAAGAAGCACAAGGACAAGUCGUACCGCUACUUCAACAACAUCAAUCGGCUGGCCAAGGAGUUCCCGCGCGCCCACAUGGCUUCGAAAGAGGACAAGGUGACCGUCUGGUGCUCCAACGAUUACCUCGGCAUGGGCCGCAACCCGCACGUGUUGAAGACAAUGCAUGAGACCUUGGACAACUACGGAGCGGGAGCUGGCGGCACUAGGAACAUCUCCGGCCACAACCAGCACGCCGUGGCACUGGAAGGCACCAUCGCGAAGCUUCAUGCCAAGGAGGCUGCCUUGGUCUUCUCGUCUUGCUAUGUUGCCAAUGACGCUACCCUUGCGACUUUGGGCAGCAAGCUUCCCAACUGCGUCAUUCUUUCCGACAGCCUGAACCACGCCUCCAUGAUCCAGGGUAUCCGCCACUCCGGCGCGAAGAAGAUGGUGUUUAAGCACAAUGAUGUGGCCGACCUGGAGGCAAAGCUAGCGUCCAUCCCCCCUGAAUAUCCCAAGAUCAUUGCGUUUGAAAGCGUGUACAGCAUGUGUGGUUCGAUUGGCCCAAUUGAAGAGAUUUGCGACCUUGCCGAGAAGUACGGUGCCAUCACCUUUCUCGAUGAAGUCCACGCCGUUGGAAUGUACGGACCACACGGCGCUGGUGUCGCCGAACAUCUUGACUACGAAGCCCAUCUGGCUGGGAAAUCCAGGGGGACCGUCAUGGACCGCGUAGACAUCAUCACUGGGACUCUUGGUAAGGCCUAUGGCUGCGUGGGUGGCUACAUUGCUGGCUCCGCCAAGCUUGUUGAUACUAUCCGCUCCCUGGCUCCGGGCUUCAUCUUCACCACUUCCCUACCGCCGGCAACCAUGGCAGGCGCUAAGACAGCGAUUGAGUAUCAGGCCAACUACCGGGGUGACAGACGUCUACAGCAAUUGCACACCCGUGCGGUCAAAGAGGCCUUGAAUGCGCGGGACAUUCCGGUCAUACCGAACCCGAGUCACAUUGUGCCGCUCCUUGUCGGAAAUGCAGAGGUGGCUAAGCAGGCUAGCGAUAUGCUUCUGGAGGACUGGGGCAUCUAUGUACAGGCUAUCAACUACCCUACGGUUCCGGUGGGCCAGGAGCGCCUUCGGAUCACUCCCACGCCGGGCCAUAUUCGCGAGUACCGCGACCAUCUAGUUGAGGCCGUUGAUAGCGUCUGGCAGCACCUGGGAAUUAAGCAUACCAGCGACUGGGCGGCUGAAGGGGGAUUCAUUGGUGUCGGCGAGCCUGGCAAGGAGGACGGAGCACCUCUCUGGACUGAUGAGCAGCUGGAAGUGGACACGGUCCUCAAAGAGAUGAAGUCAGGCGGCAGUGCUGUGAACGUCCUUGAAGCUAUCCUGGAGAAGGAGCAUCAGGCCACUGCCCAAGCUGUGAGCGCGGCUGCGUAGAACAGCUCGUUCGGCUGGCAUGGGAUCAGGUCUGUACACUCGUUCAUAGUUGAGACCUUCGGCAUGGCUCUACGCCCGACGUAGAACAAUCAAACGAUGUCUUCUGUUGUGAUCAAAC